CAUGUGGCUGCACCUGCAACCCUAUCUCGAACUCGCCCGUGCCCCGAUGUCGAGCAGCAUCUUCCUCUGUUCGGCCCAAGUGCGCUAUGCCAGCCUCCCGGCGCCUCUCCGGCAGCCGGGCCGCCACGCCCGGCUUCCCCCGGCGGCUCCGGCGUUCGUCUCUCACGGCAGCCAUCGCCCUCCUCCCCUCCACUGGACUGGCUCCGGGAUUCGGAUGAUCUCUUCUUCCUUCGUGCUCGCAGGAAGAAGACGCAGAAAUGGUAUCUGCGCUUCUUUAUUUGGCGUUGGAGCUCCUGAAGCUCUGGUCAUUGGAGUGGUUGCUUUGCUGGUUUUUGGGCCCAAGGGUCUAGCAGAGGUAGCCAGGAAUUUGGGGAAGACUUUGCGUGCUUUCCAACCAACUAUUCGGGAGCUACAGGAUGUAUCAAGGGAUUUCAGGAGCACCCUUGAAAGAGAAAUCGGACUUGAUGAGGAUCCACCGUCCACGAGCUAUAGGCCUCCACCCACAAAUAACAGCCAACCACCUGCUGUCAACCAAGAUGUCAAGCCUGAAACAGCUGUGCCUUACACCAGCGAGGAACUCAUGAAAGUAACUGAAGAACAGUUGGCUGCAUCCGCAAUUGCUGCCUGGAAUGCGCAGCAACCUCCCUCAUCUGAACAGCAAGAAACAGCAGCAGCACCUUCGCAAAGUAGUGACACAGCAUCAUCAGGAGAGGGUGAUGGUGCUGUGACGAACGAGUCCAACUCAAGCAAUACUGAGAAGGUGAAACCGAGAGAUGAGGCGUAGCAAUAAAAACAGAAAAAUAUAUCAAAUGCAGAGUAGAGGAGGGUGAAAGCUUUGGUUUCAACUGGUUCUAGAAAAUCGAACGAAAAUGUUCUGGUUUUCCACAUGGUGAGGUGUGUUGGCCAGGUCAUGAGUGAUUCCGAGGCUUCGAGUAGUAGCGGCUUGGUCUGUUUUGCUAUGCUGUUGUGUAGCAUCGAGAGAUAGGUAGGUGAUGUAAGAUUGAGCUGUGUAUAUCCUGGUCGUCCCUCAAACUUCUUGUUUUGCCAUGGCUGUUACGACCUGCCUAUACCAUAUUUGUCAUUGUGUAUGGUGAACAGAUAGAUUUUGAAGGGAUUGAUAUAUGUCCAUGAUUUGUGCGCUAA